AUGGACGCACGGCGGACUCCAGAUGCACCCAACUCUGAUGAGAGCUACCAGAGACAGAGUGUCCUUCUACUUCAGCAGGUUGUAAACCUUGGCACCGACCAUGCACAACACCAGGAUCAAGUGUUGAGAAACAUCCUCGAAUCAUUAAAAGAACUCAAAGAGAGCCAAGACACUCUGUAUGCAUCACAGGAAGCUAUGAGAAAGCAGUUGAACGACACCCAAUCUCUCAUCAAUAAUCAUUAUCGCCGCUCGAAUCAGUGCUUCUUGUCAGAAUAUCCGCAUCCGGCUAGCUGUUACCAAGGUCGCGCAUUGUUGCCAGGCAAUGCUCAGUAUGGUACCGGUGUUUGUUCGCAUCAGCAAAACAAUGUGCAAAGCGAUUUCGUACAAGAAUUAUACGACAUUUUACAGAGGCACAGCCCAUCUAAUGUGCCUCGAAGGGCAAUGUAA